CCUGAAAAUGCGAAAAGAUAGUAGCCAAGAGUCGUUUCCGAUUGGAUUUACCGUACACAAGUGUGUUUUUACGGGUAGGCGGCGGUAUGUAAACAUGUAUCUCAACCAAUGAAGAAUGCAGUACUGUUUAAGAGCGUACUUUCGUUCUCUGUUUGAAGGCGGUUAACAUUGACUUCCCGAUCUAUCUAGUGCUAACAAAUUUUCAAAGAAAAGAGCAAGCUUCUUAAAAUUGCUACUCUUAAGCUUUGAAGGCAGUGCCGGAUUAAGCACCGUGGGGACUCAUAGGCAGGGAAACAUUUCGGACCCUGUCCCCAGGCUCCAAGGCUGGAACCCCAGUUCCCAGUCGAUUUCACUCACCAUCAAAUCAACACGGUUUUGCAAAUAAUAAAUGAUUGUCACGUGUCAUGGCGUACCACAUCAAGUCUAAGAAGUCAGUUGUCCAGCUGCCCUACCUGCCAUUCUCAGCCACUAUCAAGGAUGGCACGGACAUACUACUAGACUACUAUAGAGACGAACAUGAGCAGGAAGUCUACGAGAUCCUGAAACACAUUGUCAAUGUUGAAGGCGACAGCUAUCCUCAAGAAGACAUGACCAACAUAGAAGAUUUCCGAGCAUACUACCUCACGCACGACGUCUUUGUUUGCCUGGAAAAGACCUCUAAAGAAGUUCUCGGUGCUUUCUACAUCAAGCCUAACUUUCCUGGUCGAUGCUCGCAUAUCUGCAAUGCUGGCUUUAUUGUGAAAGUGUCCGCUAGAGGGCGCGGCGUUGGAACUUUCAUGGCAGAGAUGUACUUGAGGUUAGCAAAGGACUUGGGUUACAGAGCCAGCUUCUUCAAUCUAGUCUUCGUAACAAACGAGGCGUCGGUACGACUGUGGAGAAAACUUGGAUUCAAAGAAAUAGGACGAGUGCCUAAUGUCGGCAAUUUGAAAGGAAAAGGGUACACGGACGCUUUGCAGUUUUAUUAUGACUUUACUGCAUAAAUGCUUAUUAUGUGUAUAGAUUUUUUAUACGCCCGUUUAAAAA